AUAUACUUGUGUGGGUGGACCUAAAUGCAAAUAGGCAAAGUACCGACAAAAAAAGAAGAAUCAGAAAGUGAAAAAGAGAGCGAGCGAUGAACAGUAUCUUCUCCAUUGACGAUUUCUCCGAUCCUUUCUGGGAAACUCCUCCGAUUCCUCUCAAUCCCGACUCUUCUAAGCCUGUUACGGCGGAUGAAGUUAGCCAGAGUCAACCGGAAUGGACUUUCGAGAUGUUUCUCGAAGAGAUUUCUUCGUCGGCGGUGAGCUCUGAGCCACUUGGUAACAACAACAACGCGAUCGUCGGUGUUUCUUCGGCGCAAUCUCUUCCUUCUGUUUCCGGACAGAAUGAUUUCGAGGAUGAUAGUCGAUUUCGUGAUCGCGAUUCGGGAAAUUUGGAUUGUGCUGCUCCCAUGACGACGAAGACGGUGAUUGUUGAUUCCGAUGAUUAUCGUCGUGUUCUUAAGAACAAGCUUGAGACUGAGUGCGCUACUGUUGUUUCUCUUCGGGUUGGGUCUGUGAAGCCUGAAGAUUCGACUAGUUCUCCAGAAACUCAACUUCAACCAGUUCAAUCCAGUCCUCUUACUCAAGGUUCUUUGAUGACCCCAGGAGAACUUGGUGUUACUUCUUCCUUACCAGCUGAGGUGAAAAAAACUGGUGUAUCAAUGAAGCAGGUUACUAGUGGAUCGUCGAGAGAAUAUUCUGAUGACGAGGACCUUGAUGAAGAGAAUGAAACCACCGGUUCCUUGAAGCCAGAGGACGUUAAAAAAUCUAGAAGGAUGCUGUCAAAUCGUGAGUCAGCUAGGCGAUCUAGAAGGAGAAAGCAGGAGCAAACAAGUGACCUCGAAACACAGGUUAAUGAUCUAAAAGGUGAGCAUUCAUCACUUCUUAAACAACUGAGCAACAUGAAUCACAAGUAUGACGAGGCUGCUGUUGGCAAUAGAAUACUAAAGGCUGACAUUGAGACAUUAAGAGCUAAGGUGAAAAUGGCGGAAGAAACCGUGAAGAGAGUAACAGGAAUGAAUCCGAUGCUUCUCGGAAGAUCAAGUGGACAUAACAACAACAACAGAAUGCCAAUAACUGGUAACAACAGGAUGGAUUCUUCUAGCAUUAUUCCAGCUUAUCAACCACACUCAAACCUAAACCAUAUGUCAAACCAAAACAUCGGGAUCCCAACCAUUCUACCUCCAAGACUCGGAAACAAUUUCGCUGCUCCUCCAUCCCAAACCAGCUCUCCCUUGCAGAGAAUUAGAAAUGGGCAAAAUCACCAUGUUACUCCAAGCGCCAACCCGUAUGGCUGGAAUACCGAACCUCAGAACGAUUCAGCAUGGUAAGCUAAAACAUGGCUCUUUCUUUUAAGACCAUUGAACAAUUUAAAACCAUUUGAAGUACUAUGAUCCCUGUUUAUACAUAUCAGAUUCCUGUCUCCCCUUUUUUUGCUCAUUUUACAGGCCGAAAAAAUGCGUGGACUGAUCAAACAAGAAGCGGGUUUCGCACUAUAUUAAUGUCUAUGCAUCUGUAAUUUGUAAGUGUUAUUAAGUUACGAAUCAUGAGAAAACAUCUUGUGAAAAUACAGUCUCAUGGCUUAUAUAUAUAUAUAAGCUCUGUCUUAUAACAUUACAAGAUUCUUAUUUGAGAAUCGUCUUUCUAUUUAUAGCUAAUAACAGAGUGUAUAUCUGUUUUUAUCCAAUUUUAAAAAAGAUAGCUCACAUGGCUUUACUAAUUUCCCCUAUCAUUA